AUGUCAGUCAGCCUCCCUUCGAUUCUCGUUGCUAUUCCACGCAAUACUAUUCUAGCUGUCGGACUGCCCCUUGUUCUUGGUAUACUGAGUGGAUCCCACACAGGUCGUGUUGUGCGCACCCAGUGGUACAAUACGUUGCGAUUUCCACCUGGUCGCCCGCCCCGCCUAGCAUUUCCUAUUAUCUGGCCUGUGCUCUACAUAUGCAUGGGUUAUGCUUCGCACAUCGCCGUGAAGGCUCUGGACGUUUCAUCAGACCCAGUUCUCCGUUCUGAUCUCACCCUCGCUCUUGGUUUGUACUAUGCUCAACUCGCGCUCAACUGCCUUUGGAGCCCUCUAUUCUUUGGUGCCAGACAGAUCGGAUGGGCCCUUCUGGACAGCAUCGCGCUUACCAGUACGACAUUUUACAUGACAAAAUUACUUCAUGCGUCGGUAGGGACACGCAGCUCAAUCCUUCUACUUCCCUACUGUGUCUGGCUUUCGUUUGCGACAUACCUCACUGGUGGUUGUUGGUGGCUCAAUCACAGCAGGAGACAAUUGAAGUGA